AUGGAAGACACAGACACACUCCUGGCGCUCUUGUCAAGUCUGCUAGAUCAUCCCAUCUCUGAUCACGCUGUACUGCUGGAUGCGCUCGUGAAACAUGACGGGAAUGUCGAGAAAGCUGCCCGUUAUCUGUCGCGGGAAAAUAUGCGAGGAAAGCGACAAGCGCAGAAGCGGAAGAGGACGGCCUCAUUGGAUGACUGGCUGAGCCCAUGCACGUCAGAAGCGUCUCCGUCUGGCACGCGUAGCAAGAACACGUCUAAGCUGCCCUCGAAACGCGCUGCUGCCGCAAGCUCUGCUUCUGCCAAGAGCGUCCAAGAUGAUUUAAUACCCUCGUCGUCCACCCGUAGAGCAUCUUCUUCGUCUCACGGCAAAACUUCCCGUGAGACAUCUAUAUCUCUCUCGGGAUCUCCAUGCAAGGUCAAACCUGUUACGAACAACGAGUUCAUGAACAUCCUUCGUCAUCCUAAUUCCAGUAAUUCGUCCAAGCCAGUACCUCCCAAAUUUCCGCCACUCACGUUAGGCACGCCCGUGCUUGUUUCUGAUCACACGCCAUGCACAUUACAUCCUUCUAUCUUACCGUCGGAGCUUGCCUGCCGGUUAUUUUACACCAUGAUGAACGAGAGCCGGGACUGGAAGAGAAAUAAAUGGUGGCUGUUUGACCGCGUAGUUGAAAGCCCGCAUCGGACGUCAUUUUAUGCUCGCGGUCCGGCUUCUGGAACAGAAAGUCCUGAUCUUCAAGAGGCUGCGCAAUAUUGGUAUAAUGGGCGUCCCACGGCCCCUCCUUCAGCAUUUCCUCCUGCCAUGGAAGAGGCAUGCGAGAUCAUCGAGCGAGUGGUGAACGGAGAGAUGGGCAGACGCAAGCGUUUUCCCUUGGAAUGGGGCGGCGCUCCUCCAGACAUAGAUAAUCCAGCAGAGGUUAUCUUGUGGCGAGCAAAUGUAGCUGCCGCGAAUCGCUAUGAAGGUACCAAAGAAAGCGUAGGAUUUCACUCGGAUCAAUUGACCAACCUGGGGCCAUAUCCUACCAUUGCGAGCUUGAGUCUUGGUACCAGUAGAGUGUUUCGCUUGAGAGAGGUGAUACCCAGUAAUGAAAAAGAUAAACGCAGUGCGAGGACGUACAACAUUCCGUUGCAGCAUAAUUCUUUAGUCAUCAUGCAUGCAUCUUGCCAAGAAACAUUCAAGCAUGCUGUACCUCCCCAAAAUACCAUUGACCUCUUCCACCCUCCGUUCCCUCCCCCUCCAUCGUUAUUCUCACCCGAAGAUGUUGAGGUGGCCUCUUCAAAUUCACGGAUCAAUAUCACGUUUCGAUUCUAUCGCCCGGAUUAUCGUGCAGAGCUGACUCCACGGUGUCGGUGUGGUGUGCCGUGCAUCCUCCGUCCGGACAUGAAGAACCGUUACACGGACAAUAAAGCCACCAGCGGUACGAGUGGCGAGAGGAAUGCGGAACCGCCAAGCACCAAGAAAGACAUCGUCGCUAAGUAUUGGUGGACAUGUUAUGCUGGAGCACAGAAUGAGGGGAAGGGUUGUAACUUUUGGAAGGUCAUGGAUGUGACGGCGGAGGGGAGAGGUCCGUUUGUGGAGAUUUGA